CCCGGAUGUAUGCGGUGGCGCUGCGGUAGCGUGGGCUGUAAGCUCGGUACUCCCAGCACGGCGGCAGUGUGUUGCUUUUGCUUUGUUUGCGUCGCUGUGCUGUGCUGCUGUGCUCUCUGACCUCGCUUGCCGAAAGAAGCAACCCGCGUUUUCUUCGCUGUAAAAGGGGUACGACAGAUGCGAUGCCUGGCCGCAGGCGUCAACGUCAUUGCUUCGCUCCCGGGUGCAAGACUGGAUACCAAUGGACGAAAGGCGAGCAGCCGUCACUGUUCGCGGUUCCGAAGGAUGAAAAUCUACGAAAACAAUGGGAACGGAACCUACACCGAAAGGACAAAGUAUUAGACGAAACCUGCUCAGUCUGUGAGUUGCAUUUCGAACCGUCAUGUAUUACAAGAGACUUUGUGCACAUCAUAAAUGGCGAAGAGGUCCGCAUCCCUCGAGGUAAGCCGGAAUUGCUGCCCAACGCAGUGCCAACUUUGCUUCCGAACACGCCGAGCUAUCUAUCCAAGAAAAAGCCGCUUCAGAGGCCCCCGAGGAAAAGGAAAAGCGGAAGUAUUUGCCCCGUUGAAGAGAAACGACCUUUAAGUUGCGAUUCUGCGUGUGACCAGGAAGCGAGCGUGUCGACGGCCACGCCAGACUCUCGAGCAGACAGCGAAACGUCUGUACAGGACGAUUUUGCGAAGCUGGAUGUUCCUUCGGUAUACUGGAGCUGCCACCGCAUGCCUGAUCACAAUGGGACCGUUUAUUGCAAGUUAAAAAUAGGAGAAAAUCAAAAUGUAGAGUCGGAGAGGGUGGUGGUGCUUUCGCAGGACGACGGGCCUGGUGUCGCAUAUAGCGCGCACCUAUGCGGCCACUUGGUUGAAGCAGGACGCAUCGCCAGCUGUGAAGAAGGAAACCUACUACUUCAAAAGCUGGACUCAUAUCGCCUCUGCAGAGGUGCAUUGCAAACUAGUGUGAUACCGAAAAACAGCCUGACAAAAGGACUCGAAGCUCAGGUGACAGUCCACGAGGGCACAUACUUUAGUAAACGGUGUGCCGGAAAGGAGCCAUCAGUUGGUAUGUAUCUUUCCUACACUAUAUUAUUAUUAUGGCAGUGUUGCUUCGAAAUUAGGCACAGUGCUAUGCAUGUAUAAUUCUUUAGGAACGCCAAUGCUGUGGCCAAU